AUGCCCGGUGCGGCCUCUGUUCGGCUUGCCUCCCGCUCUUACCCCGGGGGCCUGGUGCGGGCCUCCUCUCGCGUCAAUUCCCGGCUGUACUCUUUGCACUUGCCCUUGGUACCGGUCGCCUCCGUCCCUGACCUUUGCCUUUCCUCCUCUCUGCACUUCGUCACACACAGUCACCUUCCGCCUCUCACCCCUGAGGAUCGGUCUACAUUUGUUUUUCUUUCGUUCACCCUUCCGGACGGCUAUACGUUCCCCGCCCCCUCCCCCCGGGCCCGUUCGCGUGCAGCGAUUUUUUCCCCCCCGCCCUCCGCUAAGUCUGUGCGGCUUCCUAUUCUCCCACCUCUCACCCGUUGGCCCCUGUAUAGCGUCGCGUAUAUACCUCGGCCAUCGCACACCCAGAGGAACGGCCCCGCACUCGUCCCGGGCCGCGUGUGUCCCCCAAUCAGCGCCGGGAUAUGUGGGUUCUCCACACCCCCUGUACGUGGUCGGCUUAUACGUCGCUGGACUCGCCAUUGA